UUUUUUUUCACAUAUCUAGGUUUUAUAUAACAUACUAUUUUCCCCUGUUUUCUCUUGUUGAAAUAAAAAAAAUCACAGAAUCUGUGUCACCAUGACUGAUGUGCGAGAAGAAGAAGUGGUUUCUAUUGAUCUUCUGAAGAGAAAAAUGGCGGAAUUUUCUAAGGAACGAGACUGGGAUCAAUUUCAUAGUCCAAGGAAUCUCCUUUUGGCUUUGGUGGGUGAAGUUGGGGAACUAUCAGAGAUAUUUCAAUGGAAAGGAGAGGUACCAAAAGGGCUACCAGACUGGAAAGAAGAAGAGAAGGUUCAUUUAGGAGAAGAAUUAUCAGAUGUUCUGCUCUAUCUUGUAAGGCUCUCUGAUAUUUGUGGUGUUGAUUUAGGCCAAGCUGCUCUCAGAAAACUUCAACUCAAUGCACUUAAGUACCCUGUUGGCAUCUCCAAUGGCUCCUCCAAAAAAUACAACACUUACAAUAAUAACAAUAAUUCUACUGAUCCAGCAACUAUUUAACAACAAAGAGUCAUUUAGCCCCUCAAAUUUUGAACAAAAUAUCAAAAAUAUUCAGAUUUGGGUGCUUUUAAUCUUUUGUGUUAAGUUGUGGGGGUGAAAGGAAUGUUUGUUGUGUUCUUGAUCUAUGUGGAUAAGGACAAGUGAGUUAGGUAUUUGUAGGGUUGUUUUGGUAGAACUGAGUACUAGUAGGAGUUCGUAGGGUGAAGACUGUUUGAGUGCAUGGAGUGGGGCAUUUAUUCUUGUUGCAGAUUUUAAUUACUGUUUUAGCAGAUGAAUCGAAUCCUUUCUGACA